UUCCUUCCUUCCCUCCCCAGUGAUACCCAUGAACUGCCAGUAGAGGCUGCUCUAGUUCCGCGUGGGAAAUCACAGAAUUGCCUGGUUCAAGGCGGGCUCUACCGUGUCAUUUUCUUUACCAUCUACUAACUCUCCCCUCUGAAUAAUGUCUGAAGUUUCUUGAGGAGAUGCCAGGGGACUCUUGGUUUUGGUUUUCAAAUGACUUAUAGGGCUGUCUAGGACCUUACCUCCCUCUCAAAUAAAGUUUCCUCAACUUCCACCUUGUAAAGUAGCCUUCUGGUAUCCAGUGAUCCCCUCACUGUCUCUGCAAAAAGAGACUUAAGGCCUUUAACAAUGGAGGAACAUCUGCUCUGUUCUGUUUUAGAGAUAACCACUAGGUAACAAUUUUUGAAUGCCUGCCCUGUGUUAGGCUUUGCUAAGCACUUUAUAUGCAUGAUCACAUUUAAUCUUCAUGAAUCUAUAGGGUAGUUUUAUCCCUUUAUAGGUGAGGACACAGACUCACAAUAAGUACCUCCCCUGAGGUCACACAGCUUAGGGACCUGGAAUUGGUGUACAAAUCUGACUACUAAGCUCAGGACUUCACCACUCCUUUCUCACUGACUAGAUAGAAGAGGCCUGAGACUACAGAUCAGGGGCUUGACCUUAGGUAACUGGCAGAACACAGUGCUUGUUGCUGAACUGGGCAGUAGGUCCUAGAAAUAUUGGGGGGUAGUGCCUACCAGGAGGGUGAAAAACGGACCAUUUUAGUGCCUGUAUUCAGGCACACAGGACUUGAUUGGGCAUCUGAGAUAUGCAUUCUUCCUCAGACCUAUUUUGGGUGAAAGGUGCAGUUCAGCGCUACUUCAAAUGCCCUCUAAUCUGGUGUAAAGGAUGGAAAUCAGUAGUGCGUACUGAUGGUGCUGCCAGUAGGAGUUCAGGGGCAGGGGAGAUGUCAUGCACAUGGAAGUAGUGCCUUGGGCCAAACCACAGAACAGAAAAUUGGAACAGAAUUAUAUAAAUCAAGGUCAGAAAUUUCCUGUUCAACCCACAGGGUGGAGUUUUCUCCAUUCCUAUCCAUCCUACUGAAUAUAAACCCUGAUUUGAUGUCAGUAACUGGAAGGAGCAGCUGGUAGGACUCUCAUUUCAACUCUCAGCAUUCACCAUGAAUGUCAAGGUAGUCCUCGUGUUCCUGGCACUGUCCCUCAUUACCAUCUUUGCCCUGGCCUAUGUCUUGGUGUCCAGCCAAGGGGGCUCGAGCCAGCCUCCCCGCUGCCCCUCUGUAUCCCACAGUGCCCAGCACUGGACACACCCUGGCCAGAGCCAGCUGUUUGCAGACCUGAGCCCAGAGGAGCUGACGGCUGUGAUGAGCUUUCUGACCCAGCAGCUGGGGCCAGGCCUGGUGGAUGCAGCCCAGGCCCGCCCCUCAGACAACUGCGUCUUCUCGGUGGAGCUGCAGCUGCCCCCCAAGGCUGCAGCCUUGGCCCACCUGGACAGGGGGAGCCCCCCGCCUGCCCGGGAGGCACUGGCCAUCGUCUUCUUUGGCAGACAACCCCAGCCCAACGUGAGUGAGCUGGUGGUGGGACCACUGCCCCACCCCUCCUACAUGCGGGAUGUGACUGUGGAGCGUCACCGGGGGCCCCUGCCCUAUCACCGCCGCCCCGUGCUGCUCCGAGAGUACCUGGACAUAGACCAGAUGAUCUUCGACAGAGAGCUGCCCCAGGCAGCUGGUCUCCUCCACCACUGCUGCUUCUACAACUACAAUGGCUCCACUUUGGCACCUCUGCAGGCCAGUCCUCAUGGCUUGCGCUCGGGAGACCGUACUACCUGGAUAGCCCUCCACCAUAACAUCUCAGGUGUUGGGUUUUUCCUUCACCCAGUGGGGCUGGAGCUACUGCUGGACCACAGGGCCCUGGACCCUGCCCACUGGGCUGUUCAGCAGGUCUUCUACCUUGGGCACUACUAUGCAGACCUGGGCCAAUUGGAAUGGGAGUUUAAGGCUGGCCAGCUGGAAGUGGUUAGAGUUCCUCUGCCCCUGCCAAAUGGGGCUUCAUCCCUGAGGUCCCGGGUCUCCCCAGGUCCUCUUCCACCUCUUCAGUUCUCACCCCAGGGUUCCCAAUAUAGUGUACAAGGGAACCUGGUCAUGUCUUCCCUCUGGACAUUUACCUUUGGUCAUGGGGUGUUCAGUGGCAUGAGGAUUUUUGAUAUUCGGUUCAAGGGCGAGCGAGUGGCCUAUGAAGUCAGUGUCCAGGAGUGUGUAUCUAUCUAUGGUGCUGAUUCACCCAAGACAAUGAUGACCCGAUACUUGGAUAGCAGCUUUGGACUUGGCAGCCACAGCCGGGGCUUGGUGCGGGGUGUGGACUGCCCCUAUCAAUCUACAAUGGUGGACAUCCACAUACUAGCGGGCAAAGGGACAGUCCAGCUGCUUCCAGGGGCUGUGUGUGUAUUUGAGGAGGCCCAAGGAUUACCCCUUCGAAGGCACUACAAUCACAUUCAGAGUCAUUUCUACGGUGGUUUGGCCAGCUCAGCUCUUGUAGUCAGGUCUGUGUCCACUGUAGGCAACUAUGACUACAUUUGGGACUUUGUAUUUUACCCAAAUGGGGCACUGGAAGGGCGGGUCCAUGCCACAGGCUUUGUCAACACAGCUUUCCUGAGUGGGGGAGAGGAAAGCCUCCUGUUUGGGAACCGUGUGGGGGAACGAGUGCUGGGGACAGUGCACACACAUGCCUUCCACUUCAAGCUGGACCUGGAUGUAGCAGGGCUGAAAAACUGGGUGGUAGCUGAAGACGUGGUGUUUAAACCUGUGGCAGCCCCUUGGAGUCCAGAGCACCAACUUCAGCGACCACAGCUGACUCGGCAGGUCCUGGGAAGGGAGGACCUGACAGCUUUUUCCUUGGGAAGUCCCCUUCCUCGCUACCUUUACCUAGCUGGCAACCAGACUAAUGCCUGGGGUCACCAACGCGGGUAUCGAAUCCAGAUCCAGAGCCCCCUCGGCAUACACAUGCCCCUGGAGAGCGACAUGGAGAAGGCCCUCAGCUGGGGGAGGUGAGG